AUGCCAGUUUCUGGCAAGGUCUCUUGGAAACUCAAAGUCGUCCUACUGACAAACGAAUCGGUUAUUUUGACCUAUGAUAAAACCACAACUGUCGAAGAAAUCCACCACGAAAUCUGUGACAUACUGGAAUUAAAUGAGCGUGAAAUGUUCGGUAUAGCGGUUUUAUCAGAUCCCAGUGAAAAGUUAAAAGGAAUUGAUUUCGAUUAUCUGAGUUUAUCGAAGAGCUUCGGAAAGCUAGGGCGUAAAGUUGUCCCAAAGUUUCGCCGUCGUGCACAGACAACAUUUUUUGGCCCUACACCACCCGACGUGGCGCUACAAUCCUACCGGACGGUAUAUUUCCGCGUGAGAUUUUACAUUCCACUCCACUGUCUUCGUGAGCGAGACACGCAACAUUUGUAUUAUGAACAGUUGCGUACCAAUCUACUAGAGUACGGCCUCUACUGUGACCUAGCUACUUACCUCGAACUGGCCGCACUGGCCCUGCAAGCCGAGUACGGUAAUGCGCCCACUGAUUGUUUGGAUGAGGAGCUAAACGGUCAAACGAUUCCUGUCUAUUUUGACCCGGAAGGAAUUUAUCCGCAUCAGAUGCUACAAGAGUACUCAAGGGAAGGGCUGCUUCGCAUGACCUUUCGUCGUCAUAUGGCACUCCAGGACAUGCCGCGUCGUUCAGCGGAAUUCCACUUCAUCCGGCUAGGGUCAAAACGCACAUCCAACUUCAAUAAGCAUUUAUACAAGCUCGCACCGAUGAGUCAGUCCAACUUCACCGUAUGGCUUGGGGUCAGUCCCGACGGGAUUGAGUUACAUCAGCAAAUUAAGAGCGGAUGGAUAUCCCCGACCAGCCUAAUCUUAUGGCGAGACAUUUACUGCAUAUCACAAAAGGAGCGUGUCCUUAUUGUGCAUUUGUACGCGCGGAAAACAGUGCGUAAAUUCCAGUUUGAGCACGGCCUUUCGUCAAAACACAUGUUUGCCUUGGUCAGCCACAUGCAUUUUUUCCAACUCCGAGCUGAGCUUUCCGCUCCGUACUCGGCUGGAUUGUUAGAGCACAUCGAACGAGGAUACUAUGAAGAGCGCUAUUUAUGACAAUGAUUGAGAAUAAGUAUAUUUGGGGCAUUCUGAUUCUACACUGAGUGCACUUAUGUUCGCUGUAACUGGGACCUUCGCUACUCCAUCAACUUUUCAUAUCGACACGUCUGCUUGACCGAGAUUUACUUAUUUUCCCACCACUUUUUACUUUGUCUACUGUUAUCAACCGUCUUGUUAUCAAAGUGAAGAAAAUUUCGAUUUUCUCACGUCAGUUCUUAAAAUAUUUGUUGUUGUCG